AUGUCCGCCUCGGUAAAUGCACCCAAGAAACUCCUGAUAUUUGGAGCUUCUGGCCUGGUCGGGAGCCGCAUCACCAAAGCCAUAGUUCAGAACAAGAAGAGCUUCGACAGGAUCGCCAUCUUCACAUCGCCAAACACCGUGCAGACAAAAGGCGAAUUCAUCGACUGGUUGAAGGGCGAGGGCGUGGAGAUCAUUCAGGGAGACGCAACGAAUGCCGAGGACGUCAAGAAGGCAUAUAAAGACAUCGACACGGUGAUAUCGGCCGUGGGACGCAACGCGAUCGAGACACAAGUGGAAUGGAUCCGUCUAGCAGACCAGGAUCCCGGAGUCCAGAGAUUCUUCCCUUCGGAAUAUGGCACCGACAUCGAGUAUGGACCCAAAUCGAUUGACGAGAAGCCGCACCAGAAGAAAAUCAAGGUGCGCGCAGCCAUCCGCGCCGCGAAGAACCUCGACCAUACCUUCCUCGUGACUGGACCGUAUGCCGACGGCGAUGGAGGCCUGUAUUUCGGUACCGGCCGCGCCGGAAAGGAAGCGGGCCAUUUCGACGUGAAGAACAAAGAGGCCACGCUGCUGGGGGACGGAAACUUGAAAGUCAGCUUCACGACCAUGAAUGACGUGGGAAAACUACUGGUCCUCGCUCUGCUUCAUCCCGAGGAGAGUCGGAACAAGGCUCUGAAGGUCAAUUCGUUCACCACCACCGACCGGGAGAUACUAAGUGAAUUCGAGAAGCAGACCGGUGGGGAGCCGUGGAAGGUGUCCUACACCAGCGUGGCCGACCUGGAGAAGUCAGAAAAGAAAGCGUGGGAGGACGGCGUGCCCUAUGCUACUCUCUUUACUUUGAAGCGCAUUUGGGCCGAAGGUGGCACUCUUUAUGAGAAGAGAGAUAAUUACCUGAUCGAUGGAGAGUCAGUUGUUGAUACGCUGCAAGAUGCUGUUGCACGAUCCAUCAAGGUCCAGACAGCAUAA